CUUCUUUUUUCUUUGGGGACUUUGCGGGAUCAUCGUGAAAUCUCGCCAUACGGUGUACUAACUCUGGAUAUAAUAUAUUAUUAAAAGAAAAUGAUCAAUGUCGGGAUUCUCCUUUGUCGCGUUUCUCCGUGGCUUUAGUAUUCAUUCGCGACAUUGAUGCAGUUCGUGCGGGUAUUCGCGAAAAAGCUUUGAUUCGUUUUUACCUGUGAAAGCAAAAAAAAAAAGAUCUAACGUUUAAAGGAUGUUGGCUAGAUUGAAGAACGCCUGUCAGUGUCCAACACCGAACUGCAACUUUCAUCUUCCAGGAAUGGAGAAGCCGGAAUCAUCCGCCGACGGUGGCAGUGCUAUGGAUCUCGAAGACAGGGAUCCGAACAAUCUUAAUCAACAUCUUCAAGUGAUGUGGGACGACGUGAUCGGCGAACCGGAAGGCAUUCGAAGUCCCGAAUGCGCUUGGCGCUUGAGUGGCCACUGUUUUCGCCUUUCCAGGGGUUGCUGUUACAUAUUUCUCUCGGUCUUGGUCGCACCCUUGCUCGCCCUUUGCCUUGGCUUUACAUUCGCCUGCCUUGCGUUCGAGCACAUAUGGUGUGUGGCUCCAUGUCUUCGAGUAUGGAAAAUAACUUGCGCAGCGACGAGAAACUUUUUCACAGCUUUCGUACAAGCUAUCGUUCGUCCCGUUGCCGACGCCCUUGGAUAUCUUUUUAACAAUAUACGCGUUUUUAAUCAAAAAUUACCAGACGGUCCCGAAAGAAAAGACGACAUUCUUAUAGUAUGAAAUCAAAUUUACAAAUGUUUCUAGUUUUUUUUUUUUUUUUUUUUUCUAUUAACACAUUACGGACAGAUACUUUUUCUCUCGUAGAGAUAAUUCAUUUAGCAAACGAGUUAAUCUAACAAGCACAAGAAAUAGUCUGAUCCGCAAUGUGUCGGAAAACGAUUCCGUCCUAUUUUAGACUGCCCCCAAGUAUAGCGAAUCUCGCGUUGACAAUGGAAUACAAUUUUCUCCAGCUAUUAAACAACGAACAAACAUAGUUUAUAAUGUAUUUCAGUCAUGUUGAAGCAAUCAAUAUUUCACUCGAUUUCAAUUUCAAUCAAAGAAUGUUCUGACAAUUAUACCGCACUUAAAACGCGAUCAUUUUUCUAUCAUUUAAACAUGUAUGCAAGUUGUUGAAAGAAUCUAGUCACUAAUUAUAAUCAAAUUUCAAAUACUUGCGUCUCCUAUCAUUUGUAAUAUAAAUCAUAGCAUAGUAGUAAUGUUAAGAAAAAUAAUAAAUGUAUAUAAGUUAAGCGAAAGAAUUUCUUAUAUUAACAAAUAAAUCAAUGAUAGUGAU